AUGAACUAUAGAUCCCCCAGCACUCAUACUCAGCACCACCAUCAACAACGCCCGCACCAGCAGCAGAAACAGCUGCAACAGCAACAUCAGCAGCAACAAGAGCAGCGGCAACAGCAGCAGCAGCAGCAGCAACAGCAACAGCAGCAGCAGCUGCUGCUGCAACAGAACCAACAGCAGCAGCAACAACACCGACAACAGCAACACCAGCAGCAACAGCAACACCAGCAGCAGCAGCAACAGCAGCAACAGCAACAGCAGCAGCAACAGAAACAGCAACAGCAGCAGCAACAGCAGCAGCAGCAGCAGCAGCAACAGCAGCAGCAGCAGCAGCAGCAGCAGCAAGCUGACCGCCUCCGCCAUUUCUUCUGCAGCAGCAGGCUCCACAACUACCAUCAAACCCAAAGAGAAGUGCAGAAACCUAAAAAUAAAUAA